UUUAUCAUAAAAUACAAACAUUAUUUAAUCCUAAUAUAUUUUAAUUCAUUCAUAGAAAGAGAAAGAACUUCAAUUAAUACAUUAUUCAAUAAAAUGAUAUGAUUUUGUGGAAUGGCCGAAUUGCAUAUUGUAGGUCGAAUUUCGUCUGCGAAAGAUUUUAAACAACCACAUCUUUUAUGCAAGUGGAGUUUUCAUGCCGGUAGAGGAUGGAAAGUAUUAAAUGGUUAUGAAGAAGGACAAACUCAAGAAAGUUGUGAUUUAUAUACUAAUGAACCAGUUUGGGAUCAUCCCAUAGAUUUACAUUAUACAACACAAACUAUUCAAAAUUCACCAAAAAUUUUAUUACAAAUAUUUCAUAGAGAUACACAUGGAAGAAUAUUAUUUGGAUCCUAUGGUAUUUGUAAUAUUCCUUUAUCUCCUGGAUUGCAUUCUAUAAAGUGUCACACGUGGAAACCAAUUGGUAAUUGGAAAGAUAGAUUAAGAGAUAAGUUUUUGGGAAUAAGUUUACAAUUAAAAUCACCAAAUAUUUUGGUUAAUUCUUUGGAUAGAUUUGAAUUACUUACAGAAAGUAUGGGUACAAUUAAAAUUGAAUUGUAUAUACUUACCCGAAAUUUUGAAAAAUAUGGAUGUCAUAUAUAAAUAUUAUUGCAAUAUAUUAUAUUUUAUGUUAAUACAUUGCAAUAUAGAUU